CUGCACAUCCUAGGGGCGCCAGCUUCGCGGGAGGACGCCCAGCUCGGCGGGUCCCCGCCUCGGUUCCAGGCCCAGCUGCAGGUGCCACCCAGGUUUCGAGCGCUGAGGAGCGGAGAGCACUGCCAGCCCGCUGGGGUCCCCGCUGUCUCUGGCAAGCCGCUCGGCGCCGGGUGGGCUGGGGCGGCGGGGCGGGCGCAGCUGCUUCCCCGCCCCGGGGUGGCGCCCGCGCUCGAGGCUGGCGGCUCCUCCCAGCCCGGCCGGGCCCAGCAGCCCUCGGAGCCCAGCGCCGCCGCCAUGUCCUCCGGGGCUAGCGCGAGCGCCCUGCAGCGCCUGGUGGAGCAGCUCAAGUUGGAGGCUGGCGUGGAGAGGAUCAAGGUCUCUCAGGCAGCUGCAGAGCUUCAACAGUACUGUAUGCAGAAUGCCUGCAAGGAUGCCCUGCUGGUGGGUGUUCCAGCCGGAAGUAACCCCUUCCGGGAGCCCAGAUCCUGUGCUUUACUCUGAAGACUCUAGGAGAGCAGUUCGCUGAGGAAUGCCUUCAAGCACAGAGUGACGAAUGACUGCCUUCAAGUCUCAAGAAAACACUUUUCCCUAACUCUGAUUAGAGAUGUUUUAGCCCUUUCCUGUGGCCUGGUCCCAUAGCGAAAAUCACAGACAUUCAUGAGUUUCUACUUGAGUGAGGAAACUGGGUGAAGAAAUAGAGUUUUAAAUAGUAAUAGCCUGCUUUUUGUACAAGUACUUUUAUACAUAAGACAAACACAAACCUUACCACCAAAUAUACCAAAAUGCACCUGUUUCAUCAGUGAGUUACUAAUAUUUCUACACCUGGAAUAUCAUGUAUGUUUUAUUUACUGAAUGUUUACAUUUUAAGAAAGAAAAUAGUUGUGUUUGUUUAAACUUGUAAACUGUUGUUCCUGGAAGAUAUUUAUACCAUAAAAAAUGUGUUCUUUUCUCAUGAAUUCACAAUUCCUAAAUGAAUACAAGAAAGUACAAAUUGCUGGGAGGAAGAAUAGGCUUUACUAAUUGACUGAUGUCUUGAUUUUUCUAAAUGGGAAGAUUAUUUUAUUUUUAACACUAAAUAUAGGAGCAGUUUCUUAGCAAACUUUUUUGGAAAAGUUAAUGUUAUGAUGUGCAUUAGGCUGCCCCAUCGUGUAUAUAAAUGAAGCAGAUUCGAUCUUUGUAUUCUUAAGUUCCUCUACUUUGUAGUUGUGGCUGCAAAGAAAUACAGAAUUUUAUAUAUUUAAAAAUGUUUAAAAUGUGACCCACAGAACAUUGUAAAUGGUUACAAACUAACAUGAAAAUAUUACAACCUAAAAUAAUUCUUAACGUCACAAGUGUUUUACUUUGAUGAUGUGCCUUUGAUUUAAUUUGGGACACUUUUUUAGAAGGAUACAUUAUUCAUGUCUGUAACAGUCUUUGAAGAGCUUGGAAAUAAAAUUUCUGCUUAAUUAAUCAUUUUUCUAUGACAGC